AUCUGAAAGGUUAUGUCUUAUGCGAAACAGAGACGCGCCCGUCAAACCCAAGAAAUGAAAGUGAAAGCAGUACAAAAGAAAUUCAUGACUGAUGUGUAAAGACGAAUGAAACUUCCACUCUAUAUUUUCAACUAAAAUGUCAUUACGUGGGUUUGGCAAUAGUUAUCUGGAAUAUGAGGAGGAGGAAGAGGAGGAGGAGGAAGAGAACUAUGAGCAGAGCACGUCUAGUCAGUCUGCCUCAGCCAGGGGGAGCCACGUUGAGUGGCAGCUGUAUGAAGGAGAGAGAUGGCUUAGUAUUGGCAAUGACCAUGUGAUCGAGACCCACUACUGCCAGCCUGGGGCCAAAGGAAUGAACAUCUUCCCAUCACACAUGGGGCAGGUCUAUAUAGAUUUUGAUCAGAUUGAGGCUCAAAAUGCUGCCAUGAGGGUACGGCGACUCACGUUCCUACCUCAGGGUCAAAGUGAAGACAUCGGGUGGUAUUUCAAAGACAAUAUGAUAUGGCGUGAAUACGGUUCUUUGGGUCCAGGUCAGGGCUUGUCCUCAGUCAGUAGUGGUGAUGUGGAACGACAGUACAUCCUCAGACCUCAGGGGACCUUCCACUUCACUGUGGGGAGCACCAGCUACACCUUAGACUUCACAGCUAUGACACAGACCAAUUCAGCCACCCGGGUACAGAGAAACGUCCGGCGGCGUCCAAAGUUCAACUCCGUCGUCUCAGGGAAUGGCAGCUUGUCCAUUGCCCAAUCAGCCCCCACUGUAAUUGCCUCACCACCUCCCUCUGCUGGCUACACCUGGGAGUUCAUGGGUGAGGAGGGAGUGUGGAUAGAAUACCAGACUCCAAGUUGCUCACUGGAGAGUGCUGGGAUUGAGAGACGCUACCAGAAGAACCCUAAGGGACAGAUACGCUUCAAAGCUGGGAGAUAUUCCUACACCCUCGACUUCUCAGGUCCGACUGACUUAAAUACUGGUGUACCAUAACGUGACCUGUCUAGGAACACUCCUGAACGGUUCUGUGUCUCUUCCAGGCAUGUGAAAGACCAACGUUCGCACCGGGACCAAAAGAAUUGUGAGGAGAACUCAAUGUGAAGCUCAACAAACAAGCAGUGGAGGAUUGGGUUUUACGGUCCCGUUGGCAGUUUCAAGACGUGGAUGGAAGCUGGAAAGACUUUGCCAAAAGGAGCGACACCUGCAGUGUAUCCAGCCAGGACAUUGAAGCCCAGUACCAGCAGAACCCAAAUGGAACUAUGAACUUCACUACCAGGAGAUUCAGCUAUCAACUGGACUUCUCAGCCCUGACCCAAAGAAACCUGUCCACUCAGACCACCCGAUCUGUUCGACGCCUGAACUAAUCACUGCCCACGACACUGUCCUCUGUCAGGGGCAAAGUGCAAUACCCUGGCAGUGGAGGCUGGUGGGAGGAGCUAUAGAAGGACAGGCUCAUUGUAAUGGCUGGAACGGUAUCAAACACAAGGAAACGUUUCACUCCGUUUCUUUCAUUCCAUUCCAGCCAUUACAAUGAGCCCGUCCUCCUAUAGCUCCUCCCACCAGCCUCCACUGUACCUUGGGUGCAUCUCAAUUGUCUAAAGUGGCUUCCUCUCAAACCCAUUUCUUCAUGUGCACAGUGAAGACUGAGAUGGAACCCCUUCCAUUCCACUUCUUCCUAAAAAUGAAACUUGUUUACAUAUGUAUUCAUGUAUUUCCUGUUAUUUGUUCUGACAGUGUGCAUAUACUGAAAAACCAAUACUGUUAUUAGAAAAGUAGCUUCUGACAAUCUGCACAAUACUUUUUUUAAAAUGUGAUCUGUAGAAAGAACCCUCUCACUGCCAAUGGUACAAAAGGAACAAGCCUUUUGUACAUGUUCUAGCAUGUACAUUUUCUCAUUGUCUUCAGUUUGAAUAAAGGUGAUUUUCAAGUA